CACCACCAACUCACAGCUUUUCUCUUCCUGUCUACCUACCUACUACAUUAACAGAGGCUUAUAAUCCAAAACCCGCCAAUUGAGUUGAAUAUACUCGCUCCUAGAACAAGAUAAUCACGAGAAGACAAUAGCAAGCCGAUUUGAAAUUCACUAAAACCCUCCGUCAAGUCCACCACGAAGGAACUCGUCACACACACACAUAACACACAUACACAACAACAUGGCAUCCCGGACCCUGCGCACCCUCAACCUCGGCGCCGCAGCCGCGAGGCCGUCCCUGAUAGCCCGGAUCCCGGCGGCGACCCGGGCUUUUGCCAACGCCGCGACGAGGCGGUACGCCUACAAGGACACGCAGGACCGCGAGUCGCUGAACCCGAGCGGCACCGAGGGCACCAAAUCAGGACGGGACUCUGAGGUGGCGCAUGAGAAGGAGGCGUUCGACCCUUCGACGACACGGCCGGGCGCCGAGAAGCACGAGGCCGACGGUGGCGCGCUCGACGUCUCGGGCGCGAACCAGGCGGCGUCCAAGCCGCAGGGCGACAAGCCGCACGGCGGUGGCGGCGCCGGCGAGGAGGUGAGGAAGGGGGGCAGGAGCGGCGCCGGCGGCGGGGCCAAGGACGGGAAGAACUGAGU